CACGUACUAGGCUUUAAAGUUGAUUCAGCAUACGCUCUUACUGAAGAAGAUUACGAUACAUUUAAUCAUAUAACUUCGUAGAACGCGUAUCUCGAAGCGUUUAAGCAUUUUUUAUAUUUGUGUUAAACUAUUAUCUUGUAUAGUGCGUGAAAAGAAUUCGAAUUGGACAAAUAAAAUAUGAACUCUUUCAAAAUGUAAUAUUCUAAUGUAACAACAAUGAGAAAAAAAAAUUAACUUUUUUAAUUUAAAAUUAUUCUAUAAAAUAUCAUAUGUACGAUAUAUAAUUCUUGGGGAAUUCCCUUGCAUGCAGUUUCAUAACCGUGACCAUGAUAAUUAUCGAAAUGAACUAAAAAAAGAAACGAUAUUUAAACAAGGAUCGAAGAUCAGUUUAUAUUAUGAACAAUCCUAUAGUCUGUAUCAAGCGAUGUUUAAACAUUUAAAUGGAAAGAUCAUCACUCUAUAAUAAAUAUCUGGAAAAGAAAAAAACAAUAAUAUUUUAAACAUAGAAAGAAUAAAAUAACAAGAUCCACGAUGCAGUUGGAAGAAGAAUUAAGAUUAUUGAAUAUUAAUACAUGUGUCAAAUGUACUGGAGAAAAGAAACUGAUUUAUGAUUAUUUAAAUAAGGAUCAAAAGAAAGUAUAUAACAAUAUAUGCAAUUUAUUUAAGAAAAAAAAUAAUGCAAUUAUUGUGAUUAACACUCCAAGCGGGACCGGUAAAACAUUUCUUUUAUCUACUUUCGUCGCAAAUUACGAGAGACCUGUAGUGUAUAUUACAUUCAGAAAAGACCAAGCAAGUGAAAUUUCAUUGAAGAAGAAUAAAACAUACACGUAUAUAUCUUUUAGUAUGCAUUAUUUCAAUCUAUCAUAUUAUGAUGCAAUUCGAAUGUUUAGUUCGUACGGAUAUGACGAAGUCGAAGAACUUCAUAAUUUAAUAGUAUCAUCUAAAAAGUUUGUCUGUGAAGACACAAGUAUUUUUAUUAUAGAUAUGUAUACUAUAUCAUCGCCAAAUAUGUUGCUUUUGUUAUAUAUACUAUCACUUAAACAUCGACUGCAUUUAAUUUUUGCUGGAUAUCACAUGCAAUUAAAUGGAAUCAAUAAAUCUUCAUAUCAUAAUGAAAACAAUUUUCACAUCAUUCAAAUAUUUAACGACUUGAUGAUAAAUCAAUUAACUAAUACACGAACGUGUGAUGCCGUGCUUGAAGAUAAAUUGACGUGUUUUCGUAAACUUAUUCAACAAUUUCAACCUAUUGGAAAUAUCCAAUUUUAUUAUAAUUUGCGUUAUUUCUUUUAUUCUCUUUUUCGAUCAAAAUAUUUCACUGAGGAACGUUUUGAUACUGUUUACAUAGCUCAAACUCAUCGUAAAAUUACAAUGCGUUUAUCUCGUUUUAUUAAGUAUUUGCAGUCGAUAGAAAAACCGUAUGUCGAAGCGCCAUAUUUUUAUUAUGAUUCAAAUCAUGAUUGUAUCGUGCCACUUUCGAAAUGCAAAGAACGAAGAAUGAAAUUUUUUCCUACUCUGAUAUUAGUAGAAGGAUAUAAAUAUAUAUAUAUUAAUGAAGAUGGUGUUAACAAUAUUGUUAUAUUGGAAAAUAUAGUAUAUGAAGGUAUUAAAAUUAAAUGUUUAAAAAUUCGUUUUGAAAAUAAUUAUAAUCAUGUUAAAGAAAUCAAACGAAUCAGACUUAAUUAUUAUCAGAUUUUACCAGCUUAUCGUCUUUGGUUAUUAAAGAAUGUUAUACAUAUAGAUGAAUUAUGGCAAUUUCCUUUACGUCCUUACACGCUGACAUAUCAUGCUGCUUUAGGACGAACAAUUGAAAAAAUAAAAGUAGAGCUAAGUAUUGAGCAUUUUGCCAAUUUUUUGUACAUUGGUCUUAGUUGCGUACGUCACGAAUCUGAUAUCUAUAAAAUUCAUGAUGAACAAAAUCUUUUAAGUUACAUGGUAACAGAUUAUAUGGAAAAUGUACGAAAUGAUACUGAAUAUUAUUACAAUUGUCCAAUGAUAGAAUAUGAUAAACAAGAAAUUUUGGCAUGUAUUACUAAUAAAAAGCCUAACAAAUUUAUAGAUAAUAUUCAUUGGACAACUGUGAAUUCUGUGGAUUUAUUUGAAAAAAAUAUAGUAUUUUUACGUAUUGCACGUAGUGUAUAUCAAGAAUCAUUAUUUCAAAAAAAAGAAGUGAAUACACCAUUGAUGCAAAUUACAAAAUUUGUCAAAAAUAAUCCAAAUGUGAUACUUGAAACGAUUAAAAUGGCAAGUGUCAAUGAAAAUAAAAACAUUAAUAAUAAUAAAAAUAAAACAAAAAAAAGGAAGAAGAAACAACAGAAAAAAGAAAAUAAAGAGUGCAAAGAAUGUGAAUCAUUAGUUUAUUUAAGAAAUGAAUAUCAUCGAUGGCUUGUUGCAACUGAAAAAAGCGAUUAAAAAUUUGCGAGUAAACAUAAAAAAUUGUUAUUUUAAUUUUGAAAUUAAUAUUAUUGAAAAUAUUAAUUUUUUUAAAGAUGUAA